UGACCUGAGUAACAUGGCCGCGGCCCAGUGAGCGUUGCCGGUUCCUGGCGGGAGCUGGUCGCGUGAGCCGUGGGGCGGUCCGGAUCGCGCGUGGGAGAGCAGGGUCUGGACAGGGAACCCGAGGGGCGCGCGGCUGCAGGACCUGGCGAACCCGGGGCGGUGUAGCCCAUGAGCAGGCGCCGGGGUCCGCGCGGAGCUGCUCACCCCCCUGGCACUGGCGCGGCCCCGGCAGCCUCGGGCUAAGGUGUCUCGAGGCUCCCGGGCACAGCACGAGCUGCCACCAUGAACCCCGAGAAGGACUUUGCGCCGCUCACGCCCAACAUCGUGAGAGCCCUGAAUGAUAAACUCUACGAAAAGCGGAAGGUAGCGGCGCUGGAGAUCGAGAAGCUGGUGCGGGACUUUGUGGCCCAGAACAACACCAUGCAAAUCAAGCACGUGAUCCAGACCCUGUCUCAGGAAUUUGCCCUGUCCCAGCAUCCCCACAGCCGGAAAGGGGGCCUCAUUGGCCUGGCAGCCUGCUCUAUUGCCCUGGGCAAGGACUCGGGGCUCUACCUGAAGGAGCUGAUCGAGCCUGUGCUGACCUGCUUUAAUGAUGCAGACAGCAGGCUGCGCUACUACGCUUGCGAGGCUCUCUACAACAUCGUCAAAGUGGCCCGAGGUGCCGUGCUGCCCCACUUCAACGUUCUCUUUGACGGACUGAGUAAGUUGGCUGCUGACCCAGACCCCAAUGUGAAAAGUGGAUCUGAGCUCCUAGACCGCCUUUUAAAGGACAUUGUGACAGAAAGCAGCAAGUUUGACCUGGUGGGCUUCAUCCCCCUUCUGCGGGAGAGGAUUUACUCCAACAACCAAUAUGCCCGGCAGUUCAUCAUCUCCUGGAUCCUCGUUCUGGUGUCGGUGCCGGACAUUAACCUGCUGGAUUACCUGCCAGAGAUCCUGGACGGGCUUUUCCAGAUCCUGGGGGACAAUGGCAAAGAGAUUCGCAAAAUGUGUGAGGUGGUUCUCGGAGAGUUCCUGAAAGAAAUUAAGAAGAACCCAUCCAGUGUGAAAUUUGCUGAGAUGGCCAACAUCUUGGUGAUCCACUGCCAGACCACAGAUGACCUGAUUCAGCUGACAGCCAUGUGCUGGAUGCGGGAGUUCAUCCAGCUGGCGGGCCGAGUAAUGCUGCCCUACUCCUCUGGGAUCCUGACUGCUGUCCUGCCCUGCUUGGCCUAUGAUGACCGCAAGAAAAGCAUCAAGGAGGUGGCCAAUGUGUGUAACCAGAGCCUAAUGAAGCUGGUCACCCCUGAAGAUGACGAACCAGAUGAGCCAAAGCCAGUAGCACAGAGGCAGACAGAACUCAACCCUGAGGACUCCCUACCAAAGCAGGAGGGGACAGCCAGCGGAGGUCCAGGUGGUUCCUGUGACUCCAGCUUUGGAAGUGGCAUCAACGUCUUCACCUCAGCCAGCACUGACAGAGCUCCAGUGACCCUGCACCUGGACGGGAUUGUGCAAGUCCUGAACUGCCACCUCAGUGACACAACCAUUGGGAUGAUGACGAGGAUUGCCGUUCUGAAAUGGCUCUACCAUCUGUACAUCAAAACUCCCCGCAAGAUGUUCCGGCACACAGACAGCCUCUUCCCCAUCCUGCUUCAGACACUAUCUGAUGAAUCUGAUGAGGUCGUCUUGAAGGAUCUGGAGGUGUUGGCAGAAAUUGCUUCCUCCCCUGCAGGCCAGAUGGAUGACACAGGCGCACCUGAUGGCCCUGACCUCCGAGUCGGCCACUUGGAACUUCAGGUGCCCACCUCCGGCAGAGCCAACCUACUAAACCCUCCCAGUACCAAAGGCUUGGAAUGUUCUCCUUCCACUCCCACCAUGAACUCCUACUUUUACAAGUUCAUGAUCAACCUCCUGCAGACGUUUAGCAGUGAACGGAAGCUCCUGGAGGCCAGAGGCCCAUUCAUCAUCAGGCAGCUCUGCCUCCUGCUGAAUGCAGAGAACAUCUUCCACUCGAUGGCAGACAUCCUGCUUCGGGAGGAAGACCUCAAGUUCGCGUCCACCAUGGUGCACACCCUCAACACCAUCCUGCUCACCUCCACUGAGCUCUUCCAGCUAAGAAACCAGCUCAAGGACCUGAAGACUCUGGAAAGCCAGAACCUCUUCUGCUGCCUGUACCGCUCCUGGUGCCACAACCCAGUCACCACCGUGUCACUCUGCUUCCUCACUCAGAACUACCGGCACGCCUAUGACCUCAUCCAGAAGUUUGGGGACCUGGAAGUCACUGUGGAUUUCCUCACAGAGGUGGACAAACUGGUGCAGCUGAUUGAGUGCCCCAUCUUCACAUAUCUGCGCCUGCAGCUGCUGGACGUGAAGAACAACCCAUACCUGAUCAAGGCCCUGUACGGCCUUCUCAUGCUGCUGCCCCAGAGCAGUGCCUUCCAGCUGCUCUCUCACCGGCUCCAGUGUGUGCCCAACCCUGAGCUGCUGCAGACUGAAGACAGUCUGAAAGCUGCCCCCAAGUCCCAGAAAGGUGACUCCCCCAGCAUCGACUACACAGAGCUGCUGCAGCACUUUGAAAAGGUCCAGAAACAGCACCUGGAAGUAAGACACCAGCGCAGCGGGCGUGGCGAUCACCUGGACCGCAGAGUUGUUCUCUGAUGUGCCCGGCACGGAAAAGGGCCCAGGUGGCCCAGGACACACUCAGGGCCUCCAGGCUGAGGCCACAAGGAGCCUGAGAACCUGCCUCAGGCAGGACUGAACCUGACCACCAGCCCAGGGUAGAGAGGGGGCCAGUCUGCUCUGCCAGCUCCAGCCCCUCCCAGCAGAGCACCUGGGCCCCAGCACUGUCAGCUGCACCCUGGCUUGGGACCGAUGGCUUCCCUCGAGAGUUGGACCACAGCCUCAGAAUCCAGAAGCACCUCUUUCCAAGUCUCCUGUGAGAAGAGCUCGACCUUGGCCCCCAGAGCACUGGCAUGGUGUAUAUGCUCAUGUACAUCUGUGUGGCUAAUGUGCACAGGCCAGCACCAAGACCUCUGCAGAACAGUGCCCAUCCCUGACCCAAUAAAGACAUGACAGAAUCCUUAACCAAA